CUUGCUUAAAUUUGCAGUAAGCUGCAGGCGUGUAACUUUAUGAAACGUGUCCAACCGUGACUUGGUCGCGACAAAGUCUACCAUUGUCCCUGUCGCAGUAGACUUCUCGAACACGAACUUCUCUUACUCCUGCGCUUCACUGAAUUGCUCUCCCUUCAUUGCGCACUCGAUAUUGCUACUAAUACUGACGAUUGAUUCAGCCUCUCAAGAAUGUCUGAGGAUGAUGAUCGCGCCGCGAAGGCCGCGAGGGCAAAGGCCUUGCUCGACAAGCGACGACGGAAGAGGGUUGCUGGCAGCGGCGCGUUGGCAAGUCCACCUCCAUCGAGGUCGUUUACUCCUGCUCCCCAGGAAUCUGCACCUUCCACGGAGGACACCAAGAAUGAUGUUGCUGACCUAUUCACGCCAGCAGAUUCGGACGCGAACUGGAUAGAAUCUCUGUCUAGAGCGAACGUGCAGCACUCGACAGUUUCCAAUGCAUUGCCAACAAAUGCGCCUACUUCAUCAUCUCUUUCUGGGCCAGCUGAGGCAUUGCAAUCUCAGGUGACAUCCAUGCAGACAAUGAUUGCUUCUGUUCAAAGUGAGAACAGCAGCUUACGGAGUUCGCUAAGUCGCCUAGAAGCACUUGAGGCAGGAACCAAAGCCCAGUUAAAGAAGCUCGAAGAAGAAAAGAGCACACUCAAGCUUCAGCUUCAUCAGGAACAGCAGCGUGCUCAAGAUACGUCAAGAAGGGUGGAGGUGGUGUCCCAAGAGAAGCGGUCAUUGGAAGACACGCACCGCUCAAGUCAGGCAGAGAUUCUGCGAUUGAAGUCGCAGGCUGAUGAGCUUCGCCGAAGUCAUGUAAAGGAACUUGAUGAUCACCGCCGCAUAGCAAAUCUACACAAGGAAGAGGCCGAGAAGCUUUCAAACCAGCUCGGCGCAGCACGCGUUGAAAUCCAAGACUAUCACACUAAAGAGGUGGAGUCCACUAAACAUUGGAACGAACAGGAAGAAAACCAUCAGAAGACCAUUACCCUCCUUGUUUCAGAAAAGACAUCAUUGCUAGCUUCAGUUGCUCGUCUGGAGGAGCUCGAGAUGGAGACACAAGAGAAGGGUGAAUUGCUCCAGGCUGAACGCGAAAACUCACGGUCGCUCGACGAACGCGUCAAAGACCUUGAGAGCAGUUCCUCUAAGCUCAACAUACAGCUGCAGGAAGCCCUGAUACGAGAAAGAGACCUGGCUGAAAAGUCGCGAGAUCAAGAAAGAGAACUACAGCUUCUCAAUGCUUCUCUGGAGGAAGCGAGGUCUACAUCCGAACAGCAUCGACAACGUGUUCGUGAACUUGAGGAGCAAAUAGAAAGUGACGAUCGUGCCGAACGGCUGGAGGAGUCACUCAAAAACACUCAAAAUCGCGCAGAAGAGCUCGAAUUUCACCUCUCUAAGCUCAAACAGGCAUGUAGCUAUAUACCUCUCUGUCCGCUAACUCUCGCGAACGCAAAACACGAGAAGGAUGAGUUACAGUCUCAGCUUCAAUUGCGGAAUGAUAGCGAAACUGAGUGGAAGGCCAAGCAUGCAAGUCUCGAGGAGCAAUACUCAUCCCUCCAAGAGCGUAUCCAUUCUACCAAUCAAGAUCGUGAUGCGUUGCUUGAAGAGCGCGCGUCACUCCAGUCUCAGGUUAACUUCAAUCAAAGCGCGAUUAAGCAGCUUCAGCAAAAGCUUGGUGAAGUCGCGUCGGAGUUGUCGUCGAGCGAUCGUGCUCUUCAGAAUGCUCACAGCGACCUGAGGGCUGCCAAUCGGCGAGCUGAAGAAGCCGAGAGGACGCAGAAAGAUCUGCAAACAGAGGGAACGAGGCUGAUGCAAUCUCUGGAUGAGAUGCGACCCAAAUUUGUGGAGCUUACCUCCACCAAAAUGGAUUUGAUGGAACGAAUCGACAAGCUUGAGUACGAAAAGAAUUCACGAGAGGUUUUCAUCUCGAAGCUCGAAAAUGCGCUUAGCGAGGCGACGGAGCGGGAGGCCGAGGCGGCUCAAACUCGCAAAGAAGCAGACUCGUUGCAUGAGAAGGACAAUGUCUCACUGCAACAAUCAAUCGCUGAGCUACAGCAGGGCUACGCUGAACUCCAAACUGAACUAGAGUCAUCGCAGAUGGCAGCUACUCAGUUUGGAGGGGGAUCGUACAAAGCUGCGACAAAUCGAAGCGCGAACCUUGAGGAGGAACACCGCGCUCUGAUAGAACGAUCUAACUACGAGCAUGAAGCUCUCCGGGCCGAGUUGAACGCCAAGGAUAAUGAGAUAGAGCACCUUCGAACCUCUUCAUCAGACGAGGCUGCUCCUCGUUCACUGGAUGACGAGAUGAUCAGCGCAGUCAGAGUUCAACAUGCUAUGGAUCUCUCCAAUGCCAACUCCCAAAUUCGCACUUUGGAAACUGCCGUCUUCGAAGCUCAGGCAAAGUCGCAUAGCCUGCAGAAGCAAAUCAGCAUCUUAGAGGACCAGCUCGCACAACAGCGCUCCACGUCGAGAGCAACUUCAAGACCGUUUUCUCCCGGGGUGCCAGGCAGACCCUCCAGUCGCACCCUUGAUUUACGACGCGGGUCUUUCACUCACAAAUCAAGCAAUCUUGCCCCGCCUUCCCCGCGGACCGUUUUUGACGUUGGACUCUCGCCCGAAACUCGUCACAAGCGUCAACAUCAGCUGGUGGAUAUCCUUCGUCGCGACAGCUUUCCCCUGUUCCACAAGGCAACGAAGGAAUAUCGGGUCAGGAGCCAAACUCUCCUUCGUGGCAUGCACAGCACGUACACCGACGACCACAGUUCAUGGACGAGUCUCACAUAUUCUGGUGUCAUUCGUGUGAUGGAGAGUUGGUUAUUCUAUGACAUCCCUGUUAUUGGUUGCAUUUUACAUAUCUAG